CCUUGUUUCCAUGGCAACGUACGCCAUUUUGGAACUGGGCAAAUAGAAUGCCUUUUCUGAUAACCGGAAGCGGAAGUGCAGUGUGACCCGGAAGUAGUCCCGCGAAGACCGGAGAGUGAAAACAGUGGAGUGGGUGACCCAAGUCCCAUGUUGCAGUGAUGGAUCCGGGCCUGUCAGACCGCUAUGACCAUGCGCUGUUGGGUAUCCUGCAGCAUGUGGGAAACAUUCAGGACUUUUUAAAUGUUUACUUCGGAUUCUUGUAUCGCAAGACAGACUUUUAUCGGCUGCUUGUGAGCCCCCAGGACCGCAUGGGAUUCCCCCCUGGUACUGCACAGAAUAUGGUGCUGCAGGCAUUCAAAUCCUAUGAGCGACUGGCCAUGCAGGACCACGAGCAGAGAAUGCGAGACUUGCAAGAGAAGCUGAAAAAGAAGGAGGAAAGUUUGGCAGAGAGCGGUGAUACUCCCGGAGCAGCAGAAGAAGUUGUUGUAGAAGCACCGGCAGAAGAGAUACCACAAAAGCCAGAGGAGCAUAAUGUACCAGAUGCACAAGAAACAGCUGUGGCCGGUGCAGAUAACACAGAGGACUCCGUUGCUGUGCCCCAGGCCCAAGAGAGUUUUCAAACAGAGUCGGACAGCUAUAAUGGCGCCGUGAGAGACAACUACAUAUGGUCGCAGGAUUACGCCGACGUGGAAAUUAAAGUGCCGGUGCCUAAAGAUGUGGUUAAAGGCAGACAGGUGUCGGUGGACAUGAGCAGCACGUGUAUCCGAGUGGCGAUGAGAGACGGUCAAGGCGAGCGCGUCCUGAUGGAUGGAAACUUCACUCACAAAAUAAAUGCAGAGUCCUCCCUGUGGAGCCUGGAACCUGGGAAAUGCAUUUCGAUUAGCCUGAGUAAAUGCGGGGAAGUCUGGUGGAACGCAGUUUUGGAAGGAGAGGAGAAAAUUGACAUUGACAAGAUCAACAAGGAGCGCAGCAUGGCAACGGUGGACGACGAAGAACACGCUGUACUGGACAGGCUGACUUUUGACUACCACCAGAAGCUGCAAGGGAAGCCACAGAGUCAUGAGAUGAAAGUCCAUGAUAUGCUGAAAAAAGGCUGGGAUGCUGAAGGCUCACCGUUCAAGGGGCAGGCAUUUGAUCCUUCCUUGUUCAACAUCUCCCCAGGUGCCGUGCAGUUCUGACACAGGAGCAAGCACUCGUCUGUCCCUCCUGCAGUCCAAGUUUACUGGGCCACCCCUGAGUGACCAAAGCCUUCUUAUUUCAUGACAGUACACAUCCACUUAUAACAGUGUAUUUAAAUGCU